AUGUCCUGCGCACACGAAGCUGGACACGACCACGGCCACGACCACGACCACGGCGACCAUGAGGGACACGACCACGACGUGCCCAUGGAGGCUGGGCCUGCUGAUAGCCUGUACAAGGUCAUCGACACUGAGCACGUUGUUGCGCUGAAUGCCGAGGGAGGGGCGGAGAGGGGGCGGGUGGUCAUCAAGGACUGGGCGAACCGCGAGGACGAGACGAUUUGGCUCGAGAGCGAACUAGACGACUCGCUCCUCCUUCACAUCCCAUUCACGGCAAGUGUGUCGUUGCGCUCGAUCACCCUCAAGGCGGGGCAGGAGGGCUUCAGGCCAAGCGAGAUGCGUGUGUUCACCAACGCUGCGGGCCUCGACUUCUCGGACGCUGAGAGCCGGGAACCCACGCAACAGUUUGAUGUCGUCGAUGCUCGCCAAGGUGCCGAGUACCAGGUCAAAGCGGCAAAGUUCACGUCUGUGACCAGCCUAGCCCUCUUCUUCCCACACAACGAGAGCGAGGGCGAUGACGAGGAGACGACGCGUGUAUACUAUGUCGGCCUGCGUGGGAGUUGGAAGCCUCUGCCGAACAAGCUCGAUGGAUCGAUCGUGUACGAGUCGGCGCCGCGGCCCGUCGACCACAAGAACAGGAUUAGCGACAUGGGUGCCACAUCACGCCCAGGCUUCUAG